AUGCGCAUUGUUAUUGUCAUCACUAUUGCAUUGACAUUGUUGCUGUGCGCUGCGUUUUUAUUAGUUUUCAUUGCGUUUCUUGCCGUUUAUCUGGGUGAAAAAUGAAAAUUUACAAGCAGAAACUACGCGACGUGUGGCUGCAAAUGGAGGAGUUCCGGGCGUGGUUGCGCCGGGACCCGGACGACUCCUAUCGGGCGCACUGCCGCUUCUGCAAGUGCUGCGUGAACACCAAAAUCAGCGAUCUGCGUGCCCAUGCGGCGACCAAGAAGCACAUGAAGCACCUAGAUCUCAAGCCCCAUUUGCAGAAGAACACGGACGACGCGCACAGGUCCACCGCCAGCAGCUCCAGCGCCGCAUACAAAGUCAAAGUGAAGCCCCAGCCCAAAACUCCCCCGGUAAAGAAGGAAAAGAUCAGGCAAUCGGAUCAGUCCGUGGACUACGAGCAGAUCAUCGAGAACCUGGCCCUUUACGAACCGGAACAGGUCAUGUUCUCCAGUUGCUCUUUGACCGGCGGCGGCGAGCAGCGGCUGGAGGAUGAGGGCGAAGGGGAGGGCGAGGUGUCGACCAUUAGCAUCAUCGACGAGGACAUGGUCAACAAGGCGGUAGCCACCGCCCUUCGCAAUCAAAAGGAUACGUCGCAGAUCUUUGGGGACUUUGUGGCCGACCGACUCCGCCAGUUGAACGCCGAUGCCUCCGAGUUCGCCAAGGACAAGAUCAUGAAGGUAAUUCUGGAGGCUGCUUCCAUCGACCGGGCUCCCACCUACAAUUAACAGGAAACGCAUAUAUAUUUAGUUUUUAAUAAUGACUAGAGUUUGAAUAAAACAUGAAUUGUACAAUUAUGAUAUAUUGAA